UCAUGGAUCAGGGCAAUUUGCAGCACUGUUGAGUUUUGCAGCAUCUCCACUGGACGAGCUUUAAUAACAUCCUGCAUGUUUUGACGGUCAUGGUGCAUCUUUGACACUUAUUUUCUAGCGAGAGGAAGAACCUGAUUAUUUUCUUCUUGGUUUUCUAUUUCAACUCCGAGAAGAUGUUUUCGUCUGCAGGAAAGCGCUGCUUCACGAUAGAGUCUCUGGUCGCAAAGGAGAAUCCUCUUAUAUCCGAGGACCCCAUCCGGCCCACGGCUUUAAGUUACUCUAACCCGACGACAGAUACCUUAAUGAACAGUUACCAGGCUCAACCAGGCCGGCACCUCUACCAGAGCCCGGAGCUGGUGUUCCCGGAGUCGGUGAACCACCCCUCCCUCACCGUGGCCCCUCACCAGCUCGGAGGAUCGCACCACCUGCAGCAUCCGCACUUCUUCGGGACGCAACACCGAGACCCGCUCAACUUCUACCCCUGGGUGCUACGGAACAGGUUUUUCGGACACAGAUUUCAAGGUAACGAUGUGUCCCAGGACAGCCUGCUCCUCCACGGUCCUUUCGCCAGGAAACCUAAGCGCAUCCGGACAGCCUUCUCCCCGUCCCAGCUCCUCCGCCUGGAGAGAGCCUUCGAGAAGAACCACUACGUCGUCGGAGCCGAGAGGAAGCAGCUAGCAAACAGCUUGAGUCUAUCUGAAACACAGGUGAAGGUGUGGUUCCAGAACAGGCGGACUAAGUACAAGCGACAGAAGCUGGAGGAGGAGGGCCCGGACAGCCAGCAGAAGAAGAAGGGGAGCCACCACAUCAACAGAUGGCGCAUCGCCACCAAGCAGCCCAGCUCUGAGGACAUAGACGUGACCUCAGAGGACUAAAACCUCAACAAUGCUGCCCUAAAAACCAGAGGACCAACACUAUUUAUUAUGUAAUAUUAUUAAGUAUAACUAGAGACAUUAGAAAAACGACUAAAUCACCGCACAUGUCUUCAUCGCGGUGAGACGGGAGAAGAACAAACAUCUUAUUUUAUGACAUCCAUCCUGAAUGUCUCUGAAUGAGGAUAAUCUUUGGUAAGACGGCCAAAGAUGAAGAGCAACAACAUCUAUCAUAGUCUGUUUUUUAAAUAUUGUACAUAGUCCACGUAUAAAGGUUGUUUUUGAAAGAGGCUAUUUGUUUCAUUAAGGCUGUUUCUACCACCUGCUUAGGUCAUUAACACCUCAUUGCUCAGCCCAUUAAAUCCGCCACCUGUGUACCGACUUAAUUUAAAUUUCUACUCAAUGACAGGAAAAUGUUUUAAUCCACCAAGUGAGCUGGAAAACAGGCUUUCCAGAGGAGCAAAAUACUCAACGAAGAUCCCAAUUUGCAGCGUAAUUUCAUUGUCACUGCUGACGCCCGUUCCCGCGCUCGGCUCUGCUUCCCUAAUAAACAUUUCUGCACCAAAAAGGCGAUUUGCGACCAGCUGUGCGUGACUUUGCGACAGACGAGAAGCUGCAGAGAGCUUGGGUGUUAGGAACGAGUUGUGCCAUACAAUAACAAGCAGGUUCACAGCUUCGUGCUACAUGGCACAUUUGUCACUUGUGGUGUGAUGGCUGACUUCUCCAUUUAUUGAAUGUCUGCAGAUUUCAUUAAAGUGUAGUACAGAACAUAUAUAAGAACAGACUUUUCAACCAGAACAUGUGAGUACACAAAAGAUGUUUUAGAAAUAAAGCUAUUCUCUCAUGAGA